AUGCCAAAUAUGGACCACUCAUCGCUACCGUCCAUCUGGGGACGUCAUGAUGCGGAAGAUGAAGACGUUCUCGAGUUCCUCAAUCACAUUCCCGACGAAACAGGAGCUUUGAAACGACGCAAACCGCUUCCCACCGAUUCACCCAGCCCUCCAGGAUUUACAAAAUCCAAUGGUCGCUGGCUAGAUCCUCUCAAUGAAAAUUUAGAUGACUUGAUGAAUCGAUUACAUAGCGAUGCGCCCCUGCACACGCUGCCGGGGACCCGUAUGGAGCCGCACAAGAAAGAAAAUGUGACACCACUUCUCAGCAUACCUGCAGAACUCCUGCAUGCGGUCUUGUCGUACCUUGCCCCAUUCGAUCUCUUGAAUGUCACGGCAACUUGCCGCACCCUGCGCGAAUAUGCUGUGUCUGAGCUGCACUGGCACCGCUGCAUCCAACGCAACGUCCCAGGCGUCUGGCUCUCGACCCCGGGCCCAUGCAAAACAUAUCGGCAGUUAUACUCUGCUCUCGACCGACUAUGGUUCUUGCCAAGAUACAAAAUAUGGUUCAGCGAUCGCGACCUCAUGGGCAAACUUAUCCUGGCUCGUUAUGACCAACGGAGAGGCUGCAUUGAAGCGUACCAGCUACUCGCCGUCAGUCGCAAAGACUCUUAUGAUCACUGGCCUGCGGACAGCGAGGUCAUAAUCCAUGGAUUUGAGCCCAAAGUCAGCCUACAUCUGGACAAACCAGUCUUGCAGUUCAGAGUGCACAAAGAAGGCAAAGCGGAACGAGAUUUUCGCAAUCGUCCCGGCGCUAACCGUUUUUCUGAUGAAAUGCCCAUGACUCUGGAUGACCGACUGGCAGGCAUGUACAGCAACUUCAUGCUGACACGGCCACUGGAUCCCGAAGAGGCCGACAAAAGCCUUUCGGCCGAUUACCCUUACCACCACAUCUGGCCACCACCAGCGAUCCCGGCACGACACCAUGUUGCCGGCAUUGAAUCCGGUCAAGCCGUGGCGCGAACAUCCACUUAUGACAGGCCUCGAAGCCGGUCUGAAGUGUCCGAUCAGACCUUCCGCAUUAGGCAGUGGAUGGAGCUCACCGGGACAUGGCCGCCGCCAUUGUCCUGGGCUGCUGCGCCUUUACCUAACGGCAACGGCGGUGCAGCUCCCAUUGGCGUGCAUAUUGGUGAAGAAAUCGUCACUUACUCCACUCUAGAUCCCACACUAUACACACCGACGGCUACGAAACCGUGGCGUGGGAUCUGGGUCGGUGACUACAGUGGUCACGGCUGCGAAUUUCUAUUGGUGAACCAGCCAGACGAUCCUCCAGCCACCGAUCUCGAACUUGGGCUGGAGCGAGGUGACACAGAGAGUGAGAAGGAAUGGCGAAAGAGGUGGCUCGACGCGCGAAUAUACAGAGGCCGAUUGGAAGCCAUUAAGCUGACGGGGGACCCAAAUAUACCUCGCGGCGAAUAUACAUUUGUGGCUGAUGAUCUUGGCCCUGCUGGCUAUGUGGGCGAUGCUCAGGACGAAUUGUUCGCUGGUGCUCGCAUGGUGAAAAGCAAGGGGCAUGUGGCUGCGGCCGGGUUCCAUCGGGACAAGUUCAUCGAGAGUCAGCUUAUUUUAUUAUCGCAUAACCGACUGGCGCAAUACUGGGUUGGGUUCGGACACAUCAGCUUUUUCGAACGUGUCCAUAUUGACGAACUUAUCAAGACAUGA